UUUAGAGUCCGAUUUGCACGAGGUGUAGAAGGUGGGGCUGUACUAAACCAAAUGGUGUGUAAAGUUUUCCACACGGGACCUAGCUCAGUGACAAUUGAUCUAGAUCUACAAAAGGAAUACGUGAGCUACUUAGUGAUCACUCUUUUCCACUUUCCAGCCUACAUGCCCUACCAGUUGGUGGAGUGGUUCACCUAUCACCAGUGUUAUCACGUUGAAACGUCUUUGAUCCAUUUUGUACCACGUACGGUCGGCCAAGAUGCCUCAAUGGGGAGGAGGAAACAGAUGCUCAAGAUGUGACAAGUCCGUCUACACCGCAGAUGAGAUAAUUGCUGCAGGGAAGUCUUGGCACAAAUUGUGUUUCUCAUGCGAAUCUUGCAGUAAGCGCCUGGAUUCCACCACCGUGUCCGAUAAGGAGGGGAAAAUCUACUGUAAAGGGUGCUACGGGAAGCACUUCGGGCCGAAAGGAUACGGAUAUGGCGGAGGGGCCGGUGCUCUUACAAACACAGACUAGAUAAAUAUCUUGGUAUUGCUACGGAAAUGUGGUAUUGCUAAGGUAUUACAAUGAAAUGUGUCCGGUUUCAUGAAAGGACCUGUGGGAUGUUUUAUCCGCCAAGUCACCACUUUAUCCGACAGUUACCAUAGUAACAGUGCCUCUCAGCCAAUCAAAAUCAAGGAAAGUUGUCAGAUCUGACGACUUGUGGACGAAACAUUGAUGAAACGCUCCCUCGGGGCCCGGUUGCAGUAACGGUUGCGUUAAACGCAAGUCAAAAUAUCAAGCACAAACCCCAAAUGCGCAACUUUAAUUGGUUGAAAAUUUAGUUGCAUAAAAAAUAUAUGUUUUCAUUGUUUUUCAGAGUUAUGUUUGAUUGCGAUUGUUUCUGCAACUGGGACCUGCGGGGGGGGGGGGGGGGGGUGGGUUCACAAAGAUUUAAGUGUAACUUAGGCCCAGCGCACACUAUGCAAUUCGAUGCGACGCGACUUUUUCUUUUAAUAAAUUACAUUUCGCAUUAAGUGUUUCGUUUCCAGGAAGCAAAAUGAUUUUAUUUGAAGUUCGGCAUAAUGUUAGGAAUAAUAAAAUCAUAAUUGUACUGUUUAAGGCAAGCCCUGUAUUCGGAGAAAAAAACUGACUUGACUUUUAUUCCAAUAACGGGAGGCUCGAGUCCUAUCGCAAUUAUGAAUUAUGAUUGCUAAGAUUGUAUGGCUUGGAAUGUUCAUAUGAAAAUGUUAUUGCAAUUUCUUUGAAAUUCGGAUCGCAACGAAUCGCUUCGUGUGCACUGGUCUUUAGAUUCGCACUUUUUUGUUAAAAGUGUGCCAUAGAAGAAUCGCCGAUGUUCAUAGGGAGUUUCCACAAUCACUAGUCUACGCAGACGCUGCUUGGAUUUGAUUUGAAUUGAAUAACUUUAUUGUCCAUAAAGGAAAUUCUUUUUACGGGCGAUUCCAUACGUGUCGUACGGGACAUUUUGACAAAAAUUUCUAGUUUCCUAGCCGAAUGCUUGAGUAAUAGAAUAUUAUAUUUUUUCAAUGAUAAAGCUAUAGUGGGUAGUCAUGUGAAAAACUAAUAACCAACACAAAAAAAAAAUUAUGGGUAAAUUAUAGAUGAAAAUGUUGUGUGUCGUACUGGACGCGGAAAUGUCCCGUACGACACGCAACAUUUUAAGCUCUAAUUCACCUAUGGACAACAUAUUUUUGUUGUCAGUUUUUUGCAUGUCUUCCCAGUAGUACUUUAAUAUCACCACAAAGCAAAUUGAAGUUGAAGUUCGUUUGGACAGCAGGCUGGAAAAUGUUGUGAAAAUUGCUGAUUUUUCUAGCAUGGAAUCGCCCUUACACAACGAUGUAUACACAUACAUACACACAAAACAGAUGGUGAUAACAUGACAACAUAAGGAAUUUGGUUUGGCUCAGGUAUACAAGAUUCACGUAAAAUUUACAAUGCACAAUUAUUUGAAUUCUAAGUCCAAGUACAUUAAAACUUGAAUACUUGCACUUAGCAUUGAACAGAAUUUAGUAAAGUAUCUGUAGUAUGUCAACUUUAUGAGUAAUUUUACUUGUUGUUAUGUUACAAAUCGUUCAUCUACUUAUAACCCAAAAGAAGGUUCUGUUCUUUUGAAUAGGCCAUACAACUUUUUAUAAAUAAUUUUCUCAAAAGUAUUCUAUGGCAUCAAUACAUUCCUGUUUGUUAUAUGGCGAUAUGCACGAUGAUUAAAAAGGCAUUCUUAUUAAAGCAUUAAAAAUACAGAAUUUUAUUAAUGAAUUAUAUUAUAUGAAUCUAUAUUGUAGAAAUAGUAUAUGAACUUCGAUUUAAGUCAUGUAAACAGUGUCUUCAAUAACUGUGUUGAUGUUAUGCAAUAUUAUUUGUAGAAUUGAUAUUGUAAGUUUUUCAUAAAUUUAACGAAAUUAAACCACGGGUUUACAUUAGAGGAUUUAUGACUGACUGAAGAAUAUAUAUAUACAUAUAUAUAUAUUUAAUUUGAAAGUAUGUUUGUGAAACUGGAGGUCAUCAUUGUAAGCAGUUUUACAAAACUACAGGGCUAACUUGCAGGGGUAAAUGAAUUAAUAAAAAUUAAUGAAUAAUA